GUUUCUGCAAACAUUAUCAAACGGUGCCUUCGAGUAUGCUCACUCCUCAGUCGACUAAUCCAACUGAUAGAGAGACUGCAACGGCCAUUAAUGGCGCCCAAUUCCCUCUUCUCGUCUUCAGUUUCGUUAUCUCCACUCUCUCUUUCUCACCAACUUGGAAACCCUAUUCCAUGUCUUAUCUUCAGAACUCAUCACAAACCUACUCUUAUCACCUGCAAAACCACGGACUCAGAUGCACAACGACAGAGUCCAAUCUUUGAAGCUAAUGCCUCCAUCCCUAACGUUGAACUCGAAGGAACUGGUGCGGCCGCGAUGACUCGUGGCCAACUAUUUCUGGAACGUCAGCAAUCCAUGGCCGCCGCUGCGCUCGUUCUUGCUUCGGAAAAGAAGAAGAAAAAGGGGAAGAAGUCGAAUACCGGUCCAAAACUUUCUUCUGCUAUCGCUUGUUGCUAUGGCUGUGGUGCUCCACUGCAGACUUCAGAAGUUGAUGGGCCGGGUUAUGUCAAUUCCGAGACCUACGAAUUGAAGAAGAAGCACCGCCAGCUUAAAACUGUUCUUUGUGGGAGGUGUCGACUUCUUUCUCAUGGACAUAUGGUAACUGCUGUUGGGGGAAAUGGUGGUUAUUCUGGAGGGAAGCAGUUUAUUUCGGCGGAGGAGCUUCGGGAGAAGUUAUCCCACCUACGUCAUGAGAAAGCUUUGAUAGUUAAACUGGUUGAUAUUGUUGACUUUAAUGGCAGUUUCUUGACACGAAUACGUGAUCUUGCUGGUGCAAAUCCAAUUAUAUUAGUUGUAACUAAGGUUGAUCUCCUUCCAAAGGGGACUAAUUUUAAUUGCAUCGGUGAUUGGGUUGUGGAAGCUACUAUGAAGAAAAAACUCAAUGUCCUCAGUGUUCACUUGACAAGUUCAAAGUCUUUGGUGGGAAUUACUGGAGUUGCUUCAGAGAUUCAAAGGGAGAAAAAGGGGCGGGACGUUUACAUCCUGGGUUCAGCUAAUGUUGGAAAAUCGGCAUUCAUCAAUGCUUUACUGAAGAUGAUGGCAGAAAAGGAUCCAGUAGCUGCAUCAGCACAAAAAUACAAACCAAUCCAAUCUGCUGUUCCUGGAACUACCUUAGGCCCAAUCCAAAUUGAUGCUUUCCUAGGAGGAGGGAAAUUGUUUGACACACCUGGAGUGCAUCUCCACCACAGGCAAGCAGCAGUUGUCCAUUCAGAAGAUCUACCUGCCCUUGCUCCUCGAAGUCGUCUCAGGGGUCUAUCAUUCCCUGCAACUUCACAUGAGAGAAAUGGUGAAAUCAAUGGCAAUGACUUGAAUGGAUUCACACUAUUUUGGGGAGGUCUUGUCAGAAUUGAUGUCCUAGAGGUUCAUCCCUCAACACGUUUGACAUUUUAUGGACCUAAGGCACUGCAGAUUCACAUGGUACCUACUGUUGAAGCAAGUGACUUCUACCACCGGGAACUUGGAGUUCUGUUGACACCACCAACUGGGAAACAAAGAGAUGACAAUUGGGCUGGACUUGAAAUAGUACAUGAAUUGCACAUAAAAGUUGAAGAUCAAAAUAG